AUGAUUUUUAAUUGUAGUAAAUGUUCUUACAGUCAACUUGCGUGUUGCUUUUGCUUGGCCAUCACUCUUGCUCUUUUAGUGAGCACAGUCAUUGGUACUGUACUUGCUAUUGUCUUACCACAUACAACCACCCUAUCAACAACAGCCACGACUGCUACAACAACAACAGCAACAAGUAAGCGAUCAAAUUUGAUACUUUGUCUGACUAAAACAAGCGCAGGUCUUGAUUUUCAACUUCAACAACGACAACAAGUGUCACUACCAGCACCACUUCAACCUCGUCGACAAGUUCAACAUCAACAUCAACCACAACGUCAUCCACUUCAACCUCGACAACAAGUACUUCGACCUCCAGUUCGACCUCGUCAACAAGUGCCACAACCAGCACGACCUCGUCAACAAGUACUUCAACAACAAGUAUGGAUGCAAACAUAUUUUGAAUAUAUGAUUGAAGAUCUGGGUAUCGAUCGAGAUCGAACUUGGCGGAAUUUAAUGAUUUUGCUGAGAGUUGUCAGAGU